AUGGAGAAGGAAUCGGAAGUUAACGUAGAUCAUUGUAUUGACAGCGUGCUACCAUUAGAACCACAGACUGGUGAAGUAAUGGAAAAGGUGACGAAGAUUGGCCCAUCAUUUGAUCCUUUCGUUAUUAAGAAACAAAGUUUUUCUGAAAAUGAAAAAUUGAAGAUUCUUUCUACUCCGAGCAGUAGUGAUGUAAAAACAUUUCCAACGACAAAGGGACGAAAAUAUUCCAAGGACUGGGAAAAAACUUAUCCAUGGCUGCGCUACUCAGUUGAAGAAGAUGCCGCGUAUUGUGCAUACUGCUUAGUGUUUGGUGACGGUCACGAUGACGGAAUGUUUGGAAUGAUUGGUUUUCGUGACUGGAAAAACGCAUCCGGUGACAAAAGAGGUUCACUCAGAAUACACGAGAAUAGCAAAUUACACUCUGCUGCGAAAGAAAAGGCCGAUAAUCUGAUUAUGGUUUCGAAUGAAAGUAAACCUGAUAUUUGUAGUAGUCUAAGCAAAGCGUACGAGAACAAGAUAGUUCGUAAUCGGCAGAUACUGCUUGCAAUUAUAGAUGUUAUUGUUAGUUUGGGACAACGGAAUAUUGCGCUCCGGGGAAACUGGGAUAAGGAACUGAAAAAGGAAGACGGUAAUUUUCAGUAUUUUGUGGAUUGGGUAGCUAAAUUUGAUGAAAUUUUACGUAACCAUUUGCAGUCACAAGGUCCACAUUACCUAUCGCCGAAGGUACAGAAUGAACUGAUUUAUUGCUGCGAGACCGAGAUACGCGAGAGGAUAGUUAAUGACUGUAAGCAAGCCGAAUUUUAUUCGAUAUGUGCUGAUGAGACUACCGAUGUCAGCGUUAAGGAGCAGCUUUCAUUGUGCAUUCGGUAUGUAGACGGGAUAAAGUCAGAGGUCAGAGAGGAGUUUAUGGGAUUCGUAGAACUGACAAAAACAGACGCUGAAAAUAUUGCUGGGAACAUCUUGACAUACUUAGAUAAGUGGGGAUUAGAGAUUGAAAAGUUAAGAGGACAGGGCUACGACGGUGCUAGUGUCAUGAGUGGACACGUAAACGGUGUCCAAACUCGCAUUCGGAGAACUAGUCCCAGAGCUUACUAUGUCCAUUGUCGUUCCCACAACCUUAAUUUAGUUGUGACCCAAAGUUGCAAGGUUGUACACCCAAUUCGCAAUAUAAUGGAUAAUGUGGUGCAACUAACCUGGUUCAUUUGUGCUUCAGCCAACCGAAAGAAUAUACUUAAAGAAGAAAUGUUUACCGAGUCUGACCUUAUGGUUAAGAUAAUGGAAAUUAACGAGGAAGACGAUAGCAGCGGUAAAUUAUUGCAGGAAGCUAUGCGUAAAAAAUCCAUACAACCAUUGAGUGAAACCCGUUGGACGGCUCGGGUAGAUGCAUUGUCCGCAAUAAUCACAAAUUACGAAAAACUUCACAAUGCAGUAAACAAGAUUGAGGAAAAAAGCAGUGGCGAUUCAAAAUCUAAGGCAGGUGGUCAUCGAAGGUUGAUGGAAGAUCCAGAAUUCAUUAUGGCUCUAGUUGUUGCACAGUAUGUCUUAGCAUUUUUGAAGCCUUUGACACUUUCCUUGCAAAAAGUUGACUGUGAUAUGGUAGUGGCCUUUGAUGAGGCACGGAACUUGCUAAGAACUCUGAAAUCGAUCAGAUCAGAGGAAGCAUUUACUAAACUUUUCGAGAGAGCCCGUGUUUUAGCAGAUGUAGUAGAAAUAAUUUUGCAGCCGCGGCGAAGAGUUGGAAGGCAAUUACACAGAGACAAUCCAAAUGUUGACUCGGCAGAACAGCUUUGGCGAGUUUCAAUUUUCUAUGCCUUUUUAGAUCACGUGUGCACUGAGCUUGAAAGAAGAUUCCCACAAGAACAACGACAACUGAUGAUGGGUCAAUAUCUCUUACCUGGAAAAUUUGACUACCUGACAGAUGAAUGCAUAGAUGAGAUAAAAGAAGCAUACAACCCUGAUUUACCGGACAUUGAAAACUGGCAACAGGAGAUCCUAAGAUGGAAAACAAAGUUCGCCGAAAAGGAAUCUGUUCCUAAUUCCCUCCAACAAGCUCUUGUAUAUGCACACCAGGAUUUUUAUCCAAACAUAAGACGUGUUCUUGUGCUAAUGUUAACCUUACCAGUAACGAGCGUCUGCUGUGAACGUUCCUUUUCUGCCCUAAGACGACUGAAAACUUGGGAAAGGGCAUGCAUGAGUGGUGAGAGAUUGUGCGGUCUUGCCAUGCUGCAUGUGCAUCGGGAUAAGGAUGUUAGCAGACAAAACAUUUUGAAACGUUUCGACGAAACUGGCCAUAGAAAAAUUGGCAAGCUCCAGUUUGAAUAA